AUGCUCCUCGUCAACCUCCUCCUUCAAUCUCCACCGAUGCUGCACGAGCUGUAUGGCCAUCAGAACCCUCUCCAAAACGUCCAAGAGUUGACACUCAUAAUCUACAAUCUUUCAAAACUCAUAGGCGUUCAGCUAGGACACCUUCAUCUCCUCUUACCAGUCCUUGGCGUUCUUUCAAAUCUCGCCCUGACCCUCAUUGCACUGCUAUCGAUUGUCCACCUCUACCCGUUCACCCUCCAGUCGACCUCUCAUCACCCCAUAUCCCAGCAAUGCACCCACUUAUCAACAGACAGACCCUCAAAGAACUUGAUCUCGACUCUAUACUUCGUAAUCCGCAACUUCUUUCGUCCUACAUCUGGCCGUCGUAAACGUGAUCUAUCAGACAAAUAUUGGUCCGCUAUCGCACAAGAACUUCAAACAGGCUGCACCUGCGUUUCCUUUGAUCUUCAAUGGAAACCCCACGACCUCCUCUGCGUUUGCGCCCAAGGCCCUAUACCUCAAGUACCCAGCCUCACCUACUGCUCCCCUCGUCGAGCACUCACACUCCGCAUGCCCUCACGCAUUCGUCCCCUCCUCACAGAAUUUCUCGAGGUUUUACUCUUUGUCAUACAACCCCUUACAAGCAUAUGCGGCACCUACGCCAAUCCUGCAACUCUUCAGACGCAAAUCGAGCAGCACGCAGCUCAGGCCGCUCAUCUCAGAUCCCUCUUUGAUCCGGAGCUUAUUCAGCAGGAGCUCCACCACCAACUCUUCGAUCCAUCAGGACUCUUCAUCGUCAUUGGACAUACUCUCAAAAGCCACUGUGCCCCGAUGCGCGAUCGUCUUGUCGACGCUAUGGUAGAAGCAGCCAAAGCUUGCGCCCCGGGCUGCGGUGGCACUAAAGCGGACGCGGUCAAGGCCGAUAUUGCGAACCAUCAAUUACAAACCCUCCGCCCAUUCCUCAUAGAAACCGCGGGUCAAUACGAGCUCAAGGCGUUCAAAGGCCGAAAGGGGGCAGGUGCCUCACUCGACCUUACCCGGAAAUGGAUACGAACGGCAUACCACCACCUCAUGUCCUCGUCCCACCCAAUUCCAAUCAUACUUCCCCAUCCGUCCCACCCUUCCAACACCAUAACUCUAAAUUAUCGCCAACUCCCACAAACGCAGCAAAUAUACCUAAGCGUGCUCAAAGCCCUCACGGACCUUGUUUUUGAACCUCCCUGUGGUCCAACCCCCACGCCCGUUCUGCAUUCCCACUCCCCCCAACGCGAACGCAUGUCGAAAUCGAGCAUACCAUAUCUCCCACUAUACCCCGAAACCACGUAUCUGGACGGCGCGCGUCUGUUGGUGUUAUCAGGCGAAGCGGCGGACGCCACUGCUAUGUAUAUGUUCCUUCUUUUAUUUCGGCAAUUGGCAUUUAGCGAUCCCGACCCUAACUCUUGCGGCGAUCCGGGCUUGAAGGUAGUUGUGACCGAUGCCCAACUCGCUUCGCUUAAAAAGGAAAUCCGAGAUAUCUCUUCAGGGCAUCUUGGACAUUGUUUUACGCAGGUGAAGGGAGAUGGGGACGGUGAGAGAUGGGCAAAGAUUAGAGAGGAUAUUGUUUUGCAGAUCGCUAUGCGCGCGAAGGAGGCUCGUUCGUCUUCCACGCCUUCGUCGAGUUCCCCACGGACACGGAACCCAGAAUCAGCAUCAGCAUCAGAAACAGGGUCGGAUCCUCAACCCCAAUCAAGGGUGCUCGCUUCCCGCACCAGACGAGCGCAUGCUCAAACUAGCCGAGCGCUGGUCCGACACGAACAUGCGUCCCAACUCGCCGCUGAGCACGCUGCUACGCAAGAGGAUCCGCGAUGUUGUGUUUAA